CUACUACGUAAUGUGCCGUGCUGCUUAUGGCGGCGCUGGUGACAGUGCUGAAAGCUGUUGGGUAUGAAGUGAAACAGAAUUGAUUUUGUACCAUCUGAAACCUACUUCAAGUUCAGAUCAUCAAUCGGUCAAAAGAAACAUCAAAAGAAACAAACGAACAUCCCCAAAACGACCCAACAGUACAACAACUCUGAAGUCAAGACAAAGAACUGCACUGCAGCAAAAGAGAAAACUAAAGCAACCAAAUUAACAAACCAAAGAUUUAAGAAACGGAACCAGGCUGCAACAAAGCAACCGACCAUCAACGUUAACAGCGAAGGCGAGACCUGAUCUGAGACAAGAAGUUUGUGCCUACUCAACAGCUUUGAUAAAGCACACGUCCCAACGCUGCACCAAGCCCUCUUCAUCCUCCCCGCACCUAUUUCUCCUCUGGGGUGCGGAGAGGGCUGCUGUCUGCUAGUUUUUUCAUUUUAACCUUUUCUUUUGUCAAUUGCAGACCGAAUCCUCCCUGUUUUUUUUUUUUUCUUUUUUUUUUAUUUGUUCACUUUUCUAAAAGCAGUGUGUCUACAACAUCACUUACCUUUUUAUUUGAACUGUUUUGUCCUUUAUUUUGCAACUUUUGUUAUUAGAACGUGUGCCAGAAAGCCGAAGCUUACAAUAGUGUGUGUGCGUGCGUGUGAGCAGAGUCUGAAGCAUCAUUUAAGUGAUUUGAUUGGUACAAAUCAUUACCGCCUUCCGAGACAACAGAACAAGAAACCCAGAGGUGUUUUGUUGGGUGUGUAACGAAAAGGAGUGGGGAAAGGGAAGCUGCAACACAACUUCGGAAUAAAAAAAAAAAUCUAGAUACUGAAAACUGGUGUGAUCCGUUCAAUCCUAAGUGUAGUUAAUUUGGCCACAGUGUAUGGGAGAAUUAUGGGUAGUCCCUGGAAAGGUUUCGUUGAGUUUACCUUGCCGGCGUCGCCACCUGCAGCGUUUGUUAGCGCUGACCUGAACAGCACCUCGCCCAUCGGGCUCAGCCUGUCACCCUAUGUCCGAUCCAUGAGUUUUGACCCCAGUCUGCUGCAUAAUAACGGCCACAGUGGCUUUGCCAAUGGAACUGGCAUGGGAAUCCGAGAGACGGGUGUGGUCGAGAAACUGCUUGCUUCAUACGGCUUCAUUCAGUGCUCUGAAAGACAGGCCCGCCUCUUCUUCCAUUGCUCUCAGUAUAACGGCAACCUGCAGGAGCUUAAGAUCGGAGAUGAUGUGGAGUUUGAGGUGUCGUCUGAUAGGCGCACCGGCAAACCAAUCGCGGUGAAGCUGGUAAAAAUCAAGGCAGAAAUGUUGCCAGAAGAGCGAAUUUCUGGGCAGGUGGGGCCUGACUUGCACGCCUCUCCUUUAACUGUGCUGCAUGGUUUUAUUCAUCCAGUAGUGUCAGCUAUCCCUUCUCACCUGGAUGGGAAGUGUGCACCUGGACAGGUGCCCACAGGCAGUGUGUGUUACGAGAGGAACGGGGUGAGUGAAGUGUUUUAUUUGACUUACACACCUGAGGAUGUGGAAGGAAGUGUUACUUUAGAUACUGGAGAUAAAGUCAGUUUUUACAUGGAGACCAACAAGCAUACUGGUGCUGUUAGUGCCCACAACGUUGUAUUGGUAAAGAAGAAACAGUCAAGAUGCCAGGGAGUUGUUUGUGCUACCAAGGAGGCCUUUGGAUUCAUUGAACGAGGAGAUGUGGUCAAAGAGAUAUUCUUCCACUACAGUGAGUUUAAAGGAGAUCUAGAGGCUCUACAAGCUGGAGAUGAUGUUGAAUUCACCAUUAAAGAAAGAAAUGGCAAGGAAGUGGCUACAGAUGUAAGACUGUUGCCCCAGGGCACUGUUAUAUUUGAAGACAUCAGUAUUGAGACCUUUGAAGGCACCGUCAACAAGGUUAUUCCCAAGGCCCCAACUAAGAAUCAGAAUGACCCAUUGCCUGGGCGAAUCGGUGCUAGAAUUAAUUUCACAGACAAAGAGCUGCUAUUCGGGGAGAAGGACACCAAGUCCAAAGUGACGCUGCUGGAAGGAGACCAUGUCCAGUUCAAUAUUUCAACCGACCGUCGAGACAAAUUGGAGAGGGCGACAAACAUCGACAUCCUCCCUGACACCUUCCAUUUCACAAAGGAGGCCCGUGAAAUGGGUGUGAUAGCUGCCAUGCGUGAUGGUUUCGGCUUUAUCAAGUGUGUGGACCGUGAUGCUCGAAUGUUCUUUCAUUUCAGCGAGGUUCUGGAGGAUAGCCAGCUGCACAUUUCUGAUGAAGUGGAGUUCACUGUUGUUCCUGACAUGCUGUCAGCCCAGAGGAACCAUGCUGUGCGGAUCAAAAAGCUACCCAAAGGCACGGUUUCAUUCCACACUCAAUCUGAUUUGCGUUUUGUGGGACUGGUGGAGAAGGAAGCCAUGCCUGCAACCGCCACCAAGAUCUCCAGUCCCAGCAAAGGCAAAGAGAAGGGUAAAGUUGAAAAGGAUGCAGAGGAAGGUGUGAUUGCGUUUGAAGACAUUGGAGUGAAGCAAUCUAUUCCCUACCACAUUAAAGAUCUGGAGGGAGCCGCUUGCCCGCAACUUGGAGACAAGGUGGAGUUCUCUAUCAGUGAGGUGAAACGCACCGGACAGCAGAGUGCUGUGUCCAUCAAGAUCCUUAAUCGCACAGUUGGCUCCAAGCGACUUUUGGGAUACAUAGCAACGCUGAAAGACAACUUUGGCUUCAUAGAGACGGCCAAUCACGAUCAGGAGAUCUUCUUCCACUAUAGUGAGGUAUGUGGGGAUGUUGAUAACUUUGACCUGGGCGAUACAGUUGAAUACACUCUCUCCAAGGGCAAAGGAAACAAAAUCAGUGCUGAGAAGGUCACCAAAGUUGCUGCUGUGAAUGGAGUGGGAGAGGAUGUCAGUAGUACAGUGUUCCUGGGGAAAUUGGUUCGGCCCCUGCGCUGUGUGGACCCUUCACAGACUGAGUACCAAGGCCUCAUUGAGAUCACAGAGGAGGGCUCCAGUAAGGGUCAGAGUUAUCCAUUCGGCAUUGUUGGUAUGGCCAAUAAAGGUGACUGUCUGCAAAAGGGGGAGAUGGUAAAAUUUCAGUUAUGUACAGUGUCCCAGACUGGACAAAAGAUGGCCUGCAACAUAAUGCCUCAGCGUAGAGCCCUGGUAGAAUGUGUCAAAGAUCAGUUUGGUUUCAUCACAUAUGAAAUUGGAGAAAGCAAGAAGCUGUUUUUCCAUGUAAAGGAAGUGCAGGAAGGUCUGGAGCUGCAGACAGGGGAUGAAGUGGAGUUUUCGGUUAUCUUGAACCAGCGCACAGGCAAGUGCAGUGCCUGCAAUGUCCACAGAGUCAGUGAAGGUCCAAAACCAGUAGCAACACCUCGACCCGACAGACUUGUCAAUCGCUUGAAGAGCAUUACUCUGGAUGACAGCAAUGCCCCCCGUCUGGUUAUUAUCAGACAGCCUCGUGGCCCAGACAAUUCAAAGGGCUUCAAUGUUGAGAGAAAAUCCCGCCAGCCUGGUGUUACUGACUGAGUACUGUUCACCCCUCUCCUCGUUAUGGAAGAAAUGCCUUGAGAAGAAAAGCAAUCAGACAAGGACAAAUGGAAGGGAUUUGUGUGUUGUUUUUAUUUAUCCCUCUUUCUUUUGUUUUCUCUCACACCCACAGACACUGAGUACCAUGCACAUCAAAACUUGACAAUUAGCACAGACAAGUCCCUUCCUCUGUCACAGAAUUCUCAUCUCAUUUGUCUUCAUUGUAUGCGUUACGUUUUUGCUAAGUACCCCCCGUUGUAUGAGUGUGUGUGGGUAUGCAUCAGAUGUUUGGGAACUUGUAAGGGUAUGAUUGUUAUGCACAGGUGAGAGGGGAAAAAAGGGGGAUUUUGUGUUUUCACACCUUUUAGGUUGAGGUGUGGAGACUGUUUGACCCGUUUUCAUUUCUGCUGAAAUUGAAAUGCCUGGAAUUCUGCACCUGCUACUGUGUGAGUGAGUUGUUUGUUUUAGAGUAGCUUUGCUUGUCUGUAUUUCAAAUUUUGUUAUAUACUUUAUUCUUCCUGUAUCACUUGAAAACUUGUCCCUAUGUUGAGUUUCUUGCCCAGUGACGAAAUGUAUCUGGGCUCUUUUGGGUGAGAAGUAAAUGUGACCCAAGUUUUUCUCAUUUUGUUUUCAUACCCAAUUCUAUUUCUAGUGUAGCUUUUAACAUUACAUGGAUCUGAAAAACAACUAAAUAAAUUGCUCUGGCCUCAGAACUCUUGUGUAUGCUUUUUCUGACUGAGUAAAUUACCUUGGUCUUUUUUCUUAAAAGCCUGAUAUCACACGCUGUCUUUCUUUCUUUUUUUUGGGCAAGUGCAGAAUUCCUACUGGCAUCUUGUAGCCUGCAGUUCUUUUUAUAUAGGUUUUAUUUUAAUUUUUCUUGCACAUGCGUUUUCUUUGAGUUCAAUUUAAACUCAAAUGUCUGCUAAUGAAUAAAUUAAAGAAAAAGGUCUCUAAAAACAGAAAAAAGUGGUGUCUCCUCUAUCCCCAAUGAGCCACUGAAAUAUAAGAGCAAGUUUUAGGAUGAGUAUUCCCAAGUACAAAAUACUGGUGUGCAUCCCCCUGUUCCUGUGGGUUGAAAUAUACUCUUAUGUAAUGUGUGAUUUUACUUGGGUGGGCUUUUAAAAACCUAAAUAAAACAAACAAAUGUGUGUAUUGAGGAAAAGGGGGAAAUGUAAAAAUGAGAAGGAAUUCAAUUACAUGGAUGGAAGCUAUUUGCAGUGCUUCAUAUGACAAAUGUUGACAAGUUUCUCUGGAGCACCCUGGGUUGGUGUUGAACCUUAGGGUUCUAUAUACUUUUGUUAAUGGUCUUGACAAACAAUUGAAAUAAACAUUUUAUGAGAAUCAAAUAUGCAUCACAUUUAAU